AACACAAUUAGCUGCUAGCUUUGACGUUUUGCAACCCUUUAACGCCAGCCUCUCAGCCCCUCAGCCUCCGAGAGUUUUCUCUUCACAUGCGUUUAAUCGGUUUCAGAGAGUGAAUUCGAGUCCUACAGAGCGAGCGUACCAGCAAGUAUCGAUAGGUUUGCGAAAGAACUCUAUACAGUGUUGCACUGUAUCCGCAAAAGCAAAAGGGAAAGAAAGAGAUAAGAAAAUAUAGCGAAUUUCAGGAAAAGGGUUGGUUUUUGUUUCUGUGGGGACGAAGUAGAGGAGGUUGAAGAGAAGAUGAUGCAGACGGAGCAGUCUCAGGAGGCGGCUCAGCCGCCGCAGCAGCAGCAGCAGCAGCAGCUGAUGUUGCAGAACUCCUCCGGAAGCCUCAGCUUCAGCAGCAACAUGUCGAGGGAGGACGAGGAGAUGUCAAGGUCGGCGCUUUCCACUUUCAGAGCCAAAGAGGAGGAGAUCGAGAGGAAGAAGAUGGAGGUCAGAGAGAAGGUUCAGGCUCAGUUGGGUCGUGUGGAAGAGGAGACCAAGCGUUUGGCCACCAUUCGUGAGGAGCUUGAAGGGCUCUCAGAUCCGAUGAGGAAGGAUGUUUCACAAGUUCGUAAGAGGAUCGAUGCGAUUAACAAAGAGUUAAAGCCACUAGGACAUACCUGCCAGAAGAAGGAAAAGGAAUACAGAGAUGCACUUGAGGCUUUCAAUGAAAAGAACAGAGAAAAAGUGCAGCUUAUCACAAAGCUAAUGGAGUUGAUGCAGCUGGUGAGCGAAAGUGAGAAGACGAGGAUGAAGAAGCUGGAGGAGCUGAGCAAGAACAUAGAAUCAUUAAAGUGAAGAAAUAGCAGCCUAUGUGGGUAACUGAUGAUCUGAUUAGGUUUGUGUGAUGAUGUAUUUAAGGUGAGUUUUUUCGGUGUUUACAUAUAUGGGUGGUGAUUUGCAUUUGGUGUAAUUUCUAAGUUGGUUUGUUUCGUUAAUUAGUGUUUGGUAAAAACAUUUGGCUGAUUUAGGCAGGAAAAUACCCUUUAAAUUUAAGCAGGUUUGUAACUAAAAGCAUCUGGCCUUGCAUUUUUCUUCUCAUUUUUCCAUGUAUCCAAACACUGUACUACACUACUUCCUAGUGUAAUGUGGGGUUCUUUGAAUUUAUUCCUAUUCUUUGUUCUAACUUUUUAUGGAUUGCAAAGGCCAUGAUAUUUAUGUAAUAAUGUAAAGUUUUAUGAGUGAUUUUGGGA